AGUGACAAGAAUCAGUAUAUCGCCCGCAUUGUUGCCUGUUGGACAGUUGACAGCCAGUUUCACGAUGUAGGUUGGGCCAACAAAGUCAAAGGGUCCAGUUUGGCAUGGCCGCCCGCCUGGGCAUCGAAACCGUAGAGCCACACGGGCAGGCAUCUGACUGUUUCAUUGAAAUAUUAUUAUUGCCAUUAGGAUUUGGAACUGGGAAAUCCGACUGCAUCGUAUUGUAGAUGGAGUCCAAACGUGCUCGUGCUCGUGCUCAACCCAAUAGUAGUGCAGGACGUAAGACUAACAAGCCUACAACUACGAGUAAGGCGAAGGGAGGCUUUGCAAAGAAGUCCAAGCAGCUUCGACUAGAUCAGUUCGUUCAAGUCAGCCGGCGGGGCGCUGCGCGUGGGGUCGACAAUCAGCUUGCCAACGUCGAAACAACAACACCAGCAGCUAGAAUGGCGGGCGUUGAAGAGCGCCACCAGACAGCCAGUCUUCAAGGCAACAACUUGGACUUGGAACAGUUCCAGACUCAGGAUGGUGAGCCUGCUGCUGCUGCUGCUGUGAGAGAUGACUCGCAUGUAGUUAAUAAUAUCAGCAUAUGGCGGAGGAGUCGUCCAGCGCAGGUGGGUGAUGAUUAUGAUGGUGACAGCAAUGACGAUAACGACGCAGGUUCAGCUGCUUCGAAGAGUCUAGAGCUGCAGCGGAGCGGGCACAUGUCAGACAAGCAGACUCGUGUUGGGCGGCUGAACAAGAACUGGCUAUUCUACUCUGGACAAAUAGCUACAGUUCCCCAUGGAGUGUACAUUGAUGACAUCCACAGAGAUUGGUGGCAGGACCUCGGUCAUUUAGAGUACGACCACUCCUAUAUCCAGUGGCUUUUUCCAAUAAGUGAAUCGAGUGGAAUGAAUUGGUCGGCACAAGCACUGCAAGCUGAUGAGGCUAAGGCGAUCACCAGUGAUCCAGUGUCACGCGGACGACUCCUCAAGUCUUACAAAAUGAUGCUGAACUUCUACGGCCUGAAGCUUAUCGACGAGCAAACCGGCGAGGUAGGCCGUGCCGGUAAUUGGAAGUCGCGCUAUGCCAACUUACUGACGCACACGCACAACUACUUACGAAUCACCCGUAUCAUCAAGUGCUUGGGUGAGAUGCACGCUAUGCAGUGUUACCAAACUGCAUUGGUGGCGCAUCUUGUGCGUGAAGUUCACAUCACCAAGGAGCUAGUGGAUGCCAAGCGAAGUCUGAAGAACUUUUGGACUGAAGCUGUGUGUGACAGGAACGAGCGUGAGCGUUUCAAAUCUCUCAUCGCCAGCAAUGGCAGUGGCAGUACGGUGGUGGUGAAGGUGUGUGAAGACUCCAGCAUGCGUGCUGCUGCACAGCUAGACAAUGAGGAGAAGGACAAUGAGGAGGAGGAUAUGGACGGUGAGAGUACUGAUGAAUACUCUGAAACUGGCGGCGGUGGAUCAGACCUGUAUGAUGAACACGAUCAUACUGAGGACACUGCGCCGCGCACUUCCCUGCCGCAUCAGCAACACCGUGCUAACAGUGGAGGUAGCAGCAGCAGCGGUGGACACCGGGUCACAGCACCAGUGCUGGGGACGGCAGCCAUGAACGUUGGCCGUGCUGUUGACAAGACAGAAAAAGACAGUGGUGGCGGCGACAGCGGCAGUAUGUGUGACACGAUGGAGUACUCCGUGCCGACGACGCCAGGCAGUGCCGCCGGUGCAGGCAACAGUGAUUCUCCACACCAACUACAGUACACUGACAUUGAACAGUUCUCCAGUAGUCCAGACUGUUCAGCAGCAAGUAUGGAUGACGAAGUGCCGUCCCCUCCAACAGCCUCAUCACAACACAGUGCAGCAGCAGCAGCAGCACGGGACGACGGCAUGUUUGCUGCUGCACAUACAGCCGCCAUAAAGCAACUAGCGGGAAGUGAGAGUGAGCAUGAGACGGACAGCGAUGAAUGGUCCGACACACCGCAGGAUGAUCUUCCUGCCGCAGCCAGCAGGUCUGCGACCAGUGAUCGGCAAAGCACAGCCAACAAAAACACCCUGUUCUACAGUGGCAAGAUUGCUGCAGCACCAUGCAGAGUGUACAUUGAUGACAUCCACAGAGAUUGGUGGCAGGACCUCGGUCAUUUAGAGUACAACCAUUCCUAUAUCCAAUGGCUUUUUCCAAUAAGUGAAUCGAAUGGAAUGAAUUGGUCGGCACAAGCACUGCAAGCUGAUGAGGCUAAGGCAAUCACCGGUGAUCCAGUGUCACGCGGACGACUCCUCAAGUCUUACAAAAUGAUGCUGAACUUCUACGGCCUGAAGCUUAUCGACGAGCAAACCGGCGAGGUAGGCCGUGCCGGUAAUUGGAAGUCGCGCUAUGCCAACUUACUGACGCACACGCACAACUACUUACGAAUCACCCGGAUCAUCAAGUGCCUGGGUGAGAUGCCCGGCAUGCAGCUUUACCAGGCCCCACUAGUGGCACAUUUGGUUGAGGAAGUGUGCGUGACCAAACAGCUGGUUCAGGCGUGGAGAAGCUGCAGAGAUUUCUGGGUUGAUGCAGUAGCUGAUCGGGUUGCUCGCUUGAAGUUUGUCAAGACCUUGCAGAGGUAGCACUGUGUUGACGUGGCUGGUGAAAGGCCCAUGAUCUGUAUUGUCUCUUCCAUUUCCCAUGGCGCACAGUACACAUUUCCAUGUGGUAGCUACUAGUACCCGCAAGACUGGCCAUGUUUGUGCACAGGUGCAGCAGUUUGAUAUGCUGUCUGUUGACAGUAGUCAUGACGUCAUAGUUAUAAUGUAAUUAUUAUGUAUACGUGUGUGUGUGUGUGUGUGUGUGUGUGUGUGUGUGUGUGUGUGUGUGUGUGUGUGUGUGUGUGUGUGUGUGUGUGUGUGUGUGUGUGUGUGUGUGUGUGUGUGAUGAGUGACUGCCCUGCAACAGCACCCCCCCCCCCCCCCCCCCCCCCCGGGAUUGCCUUGACAAGUAAACGUUUUAUUCCCGUAGCUAUGCAGAAGACGUUACUUCAGUAACGUCUGGCGCUAGCCAGGGUCCACACAGCUUUAAUUUGGUGUUUGUUUGUG